GUGCCACGCCAAGCUGCACCCAAAUGGCCGCCGAAACCUGGCGCAGGUCUACAGGCAGAUCUGGAAGGACGUGAGCAAGCUUCGUGUUCUCGUGGUUCCGUCGGAGCUUGAGCUCGGGCCAGUGGUGUCCAGCCCCUUUGACGCCGUCGACAAGAUGCUGCCCGACCGCUCCAUCGCGCCGGACAAGCGUAUCGUUCACGACCAACGGGUCAUCAACGAGGGCACCCACAAGGAGUGGCAUCCCCCGGCAAUUCAACCGAGGCACGAGCAGGUGGUGCUGAUGAGCAAGAAGGAUGUGGCCGGCGCUUUUCGUCUCCUGUGGGUCGACCCGGGCGACGUGGAGCUGUUUGCGGGGGACUUGCCGUGGGUCCCGGAGGAAAUGGAGGAGGGCGAGCCAGUGGACCACGUGGCGAUGACGAUCGUCUAUUUGGUGAGCUCAUUCGGGUUUUCGGGGUCACCUGGCGAAUGGACGGUCUGGGGCAAGGCUACGGAGGAGUUCUUGAGACAACAUUGCCCCGCGUGCCCGCGCCGGGACCUAUCCUGGGGCUUUGAGAGCCGCAUCCUUGUGGAUGACAACGUGCUGGUGGAGCCAAUGGUUGGUUUGAGGCCCUGGGUUGCAAGCGAGGUUUACGAGCUGGGGGUGAAGACGCUACUGGGCGAGGCCGCUGUGAACUGGGAGAAGGACCUGAUUGAAGGCCCGUUCCGCACGUUCCAAACGGUGUGGGGCCUCGACAUGGACACCGCCACGGAGGAGAUCCACUUGCCCGAGCGGAGGAUCAUCAAGGGCGCCACCCUGUUGAAUGAGCCGGCGUUUGAGUAUGGGAACAAGGACCUCACUGUUCGGGCUGUGCAGCGUUUCCGGGGCAUAGCUACGGGUUGGACAGUCAUUGUCAAGGGCUUGAAGAACGAGUUGAAGGCGGCCGAUCGCUUCAUCGGCGGAGACCGUGACGGAGGUGCAAGAGUCGAACCUAAGGUCACCGACCCCGCGGACGAGGAGGCGAUCGACGAAGCUUGGCGCGACUUGUGGGAGCUCUUUGAAGAGUCAAGAUGGUUGUGUGCAAGGCCGGAAACCUGGUCGGCAAAGUUCGGCGCUGGUAUGCGAGAGCUUCUUCCAGUUCGUGAACGGUUGGCUCUACCGGGAGAAUGGGAGGCGGGCACCGUGUUCGUCUCUUCGGACGCGACCAAGACGAUGAUCGCCGCGAUCGACUGGACCAACGGCCAGGUGAUGCGAAUGCCCGCCAGGGCGGCGGCGGCCUGGGUUCAGCAGUGCGGAGAUGAGGAUGAGGUCGCGAUCCAC